AUGUCGACUCAAAAGCGUGGCGGAACAUCCACGUCUGCUCCCGGUGCACAGGAGCCGCACGGCAGCUGGCCUCGCUGGUUCCUCCUUUCCCUGAUAACAGCGACCGUCGCUCUGGCUUUGGCGGGUGGAAACACAGUGCUUGACCAUGGCGGACCAAGUCGAUUCGUGAUGUCCUAUGUCCCACCAUCAUUGCUGUCCUUGGAGCAAAGAGUCGACCGCAUCUUGUCUCGGACACCGUUGCUGGAUGGACAUGAUGACUUGGCUGAGCAAGUGCGUGCCGAAUUCCAGAAUCAGAUCUAUACACCCGAGUUUCGAGCCAAGUUCGAACAAGGGUCGAUGCCAGGCCAUUUCGAUCUCCCCCGUUUGAAGAAGGGCCGGCAGGGUGGCCUGUUCUGGAGCGCGUGGGUUGAUUGUCCUGUUGACAAGUACGACUUUUCGAACGAGAAUUACGCCCCUGUCGUCAUGAAAGGGUUGGCACAGGUUGAUGUGAUUCAUCGACUACAGUCAGCUCACUCAGACAUCUUUUCUCCUCCGACAUUGGAUACCACUGCCGCGGUGGCAGCGUUCCGUCGUCAUGGAAAGCUGUUAUCGCCGAUCGGUGUGGAAGGUCUGCAUAUGAUCGGUCGCAACGCCUCGCUUCUGAGGCUGUAUCACUCUCUCGGCGCCCGAUAUAUGACUCUAACCUGGAACUGUCAUAACGCUUUUGCCGAUGCCGCCCAGGUCACGGUCAACCUCGAUGAUUCACUUGCAUUGGAUGCCGCCAGACCGGCCAAGCCGCAUUGGGGAGGUUUGAGCCCGCUGGGGAGCAAAUUGAUGAACGAGAUGAAUCGUCUAGGGAUCAUGAUCGACCUCUCCCAUACACACCCGGUGACCAUGCACGACGUCCUGGCUGGCAAUCUUACGAAAUCAUAUGCCGGGAGUCGAGCGCCCGUUAUCUUCUCCCAUUCAUCGGCUCACGCUCUGUGUCCGCAUCCACGAAAUGUUCCCGACAACAUCUUACCGCUGGUGAAGCAGACGAACUCGGUGGUUAUGGUUACGUUCGUGCCAGAGUUUGUUUCCUGCGUCAAUUCUUCAAACCCAGACGUUCUGCCGACCUUUUAUCCAGCAAAUUCUACUCUCGGGUUUGUGGCAGAUCAUAUCAUGUAUAUCGGCCAGAGGAUCGGGUUCGAACACGUGGGCAUUGGGAGUGACUUUGAUGGAACCCCGGAGACACCCAGAGGUUUGGAGGAUGUGAGUAAGUUCCCAGAUCUCGUGGCGGAGUUGUUGAACAGGGGCUUGACCGAUGAUCAAGUUGAGGGGAUUGUUGGGGGGAAUGUCCUACGUGUUUGGAAGAAGGUUGAGGAUGUCAGUCGUGAGUUGCAGGCGAACGGUGAGGUUCCGAUGGAGGAUGAAAUUUAA